UUUUCUCUCUGAUAAUUUACAGAAUGACUGAAGAUUAAAAGGACAAUGGGCUGCAUGUAUCCCGAUGGCAUCUUGUGUACAGUGACACAUCACUUGCUAUGGCAUCUGAAGCUGAAAAGACUCAUGCUCUUCUCCAAACUUUCACCACAGCUUCAGUUAUUUCCAGUCUAGGAUUGGGUCUAUUCUGCUUCAUAGCAGACCGACUUCUACAGUUCUCUUUCAUUCAGCAGCAUGACUGGCUCCGAGCUCUCUCUGAUAAUGCAGUGCACUGUGUGGUGGGAAUAUGGUCCUGGGUGAUAGUCAUUGGGCUCAGGAAGAAGAGUGACUUCGGUGAAGUCAUUUUAGCUGGUUUCCUCUCUUCUGUCAUUGAUGUGGACCAUUUUUUUCUAGCUCGCUCCCUUUCAUUAAAGGCUGCUCUGACUCUUCCACAAAGACCACUUCUUCAUUGUUCUACUGUGAUUCCUGUUGUGGCUGUGACAUUAAAGUUUAUUAUGCACCUUUUCAGGCUUAAGGACUCAUGGUGCUUUCUUCCCUGGAUGUUGUGUAUAUCCUGGACUUCUCACCAUGUCCGUGAUGGAAUUCGUCAUGGCCUCUGGAUCUGUCCAUUUGGAAAAACUGCUCCUUUGCCGUACUGGCUUUAUGUGGCAAUCACAGCAUCUUUACCUCAUCUGUGUUCAUUUGUUAUGUAUUUAACAGGUACUGGAGAACUAAUGUCUAUAAAGCAUGGAAUUCGCAUUGAUGUCUAAGGAUGAUGUCCUUGGAAGUCACUUGUUUUGAAAAUUACAGUGAUUUUGAUCCCUGUGCAUUCCACAUGAUUUCUAAGUUAGACAACCUGAAUUCAGGCUAUGGAGCCCUUUGAUUCCAAAUUUGAUUAUUUAUGGCUACAGAAAUCUGUUAUAUGAAUGGUGGUAAUGUAAUUUCUAGGCACUCUCUUCAUGAAAUCUGUAGUCUUACAUGUCAGUUCUAUAAUAGCAAAUUCUAUUUGCUAUAUAUAAAAUUCAGUCAUUCCUAAAUAUUUACAUUUCCUCCUGCUGUUAUCUCUGCUAUAAUAGUGCCAUUCCUCUGGGUACCUUCCACAUUUGGAAAUAUAUCCACUCUUUGAGUAAUCACAUUCUUUCUAUAAUUAACAUUUGUACAGCACCUCAAAGAUGUAAAACAUUAUAAAUGUGCCAAGUGUUAGUAAGAAUUCAGUGCUGCAUAUCACUUCUGAGUAAUAUUCAACAGCUGGUUUUUGUAACUUGUUAGUUUACCCCAUUUGAGUCUAACCUCUUAUAUUCAACUGGCUGGUUUAUCUAGGACAGUGACUGCUAUUUAGUAAAAUGUAUACCAAGCACUGCUCUUGCAUAGUUGCCUGAUACUCAUUUUCCAAACAAUUCUUACCCAGGCUUUUUGGUUGGAAAAGAAAAAAUAAUUAGUUUAGGAGUGUUGUGUCUGUGAAAUUACAGAAAGUUUGCAUUAUUUAAUACUAAUAAUUAUUAAUUGUAUGUGAUAUUUAAACAAAUGAAUUUAUCAUAUUAAAGGCUUAUUUCCUGCAGGAAAAUGAGCUUUAAAGACAUUUCAGUAAAGUCCUAAGGAAAUUGAAAUGACUGCAGAAAUAUACCUAAUAAGAGUGUACUACUGUAUCUAUUACCUUUUACUGUGAAGCUUUUUUAGCUACAGCAGCUUCUACUAAAUAUAAUAUUGUUCUUCAACUAAAAAACAAAAUCACCUCACUAUACUAAAAUGUAAUUAUUUUAGGUUAAUACAAUGCAACUUUGUGUGUAUGGCAAAUUAAUGAAAAUGGCAGAAAUGUGCACCAGGAGCUUAUUCAAAGUAACCUUUCAUUCUGUAGAAAUCUCUCAGAACGUCCCCAGAACAGAGCUGUGUGUAUUAGGCUUUAGUUGAUAGCAUUAUAAGUUAAGAAAUAUCUGCAUCAACCUCUUCCUUAAAAACUUAGCCUGAGAUGGUGUUUUUAUGGAAGAGAAAUUGUAGAUUAGAUUUGUUUAAAGCAGCAGUAGCUAGCAGUCAAGUGAAAUGUCUGUAUUUUGUGUAUUUUAGAACUCUCUAAAUUUACCUCUGCUACUGCUGACUUAUGGGAGCUGCAUAGACCUUUUGUGUUAUACAGUUGUGCAAACUGCACCCCAUUUUGAAGAGAUACUUCCCGCCAGUCUUGUCUCAGAAGCAGAAAACUCAGCACCACUUGAGUAUUAUAUGUUAAUUAGGCUUGGAAGAAAGUUGAUUCAGUUAGUCUGCUUAGCAUGAAACAUAAAAGUCUUAAAAAUAAAUAUUCUGCCUGGAAAGAAAAAUUGAGAGCAGUAGAGCAUGAAAGAGGAAACAACUUUAAGGGUGCUUCGCAUAGUAUGUGACUCUUUCUCUUUUAUAUCCAACAAAUGUUGCCCGGGCAACAUGGUAUAAAAGGCAAGAGGAAAGUUGAGCCUCCCCAAAUGGCCUUGUCUGGCAUGGCCCAUGCUCUGUUCUCAGACACCCUCUUGCUUCCUAGUGCUAUGCAGCAGGGGGUUCUUCCCCAUAUCCAAGAACCCAGGCUGAGGCUAAUGGGGCCAGCCUGCAUCCAGGGACUUCGUCCAAUGCUCCUGCACUGAGCUUAAUGGGAGGCACUGCCAUCCCAGUGCUUUGGAGAUGGGGGAGAGGAGGUGAUGCUACCUACCUGCCUAGCUCUGGGAGAGGAUAAUGCACCACCCAUCCAUCUACCUGAUGGUGGGUGCUUCCAGGGGGAAGGGCGGGGGAGUCCUCUGGAAGCAAAAGUUGCAGGCCAGGCUGUGGGCUAGACCAGUGUUUCUCACUCAGUGGUAUGAGUACCCUUAUGGGUUCUAGAAAGAAGUCGGGGGGUGGGAGGGGUACGUCAAUACAACUGAAAUUUGGA